UUUGGGGACCACAGAGACAGUACAGCGCGUCCAACAAUCACAGCACAAAGGAGGUUCUGUCCUCUGUGCCCGUUUUGGAUUUUUUUUACUACAAACACCUCCUUUUUGGGGGUGGGAGGCUUUUCAACAUUAUCUAUAAAUUGCAGAUUGGAAAAGAACUUGAAAGACCCUCCGCAGUGGGGUUUGUUCAUGGCUGUGUUCCACUGUUACCAGCUCGUCUCUGAUGAAUCGCUCAUCUGUCCUUCGAUAACAGUCGCUCUGUCGCAUUUGUGCUGAGACAAAGACGGGAGCUUCAGAAGAACAGGCAAGAAACCGCAUUUCUAUAUAGAUAUAUUUUUUAUUUUUAUUUUUUAUGUUUUCUGGACGAAAACAUAAACCAUACCCAUGGCGAAACGGCGUCGUAAAGAGCGCUCCUGUUGCGCGUCUCUGUACUGUGGAAAAGCUCUGGCGAAGUUGGACCACCGUGGACUCCACCAAUCAUCAGCGUCCGUGCUGCUGGACUGGAGUAGCUGUCCCCUGAUUGGAUAAUCCUCGCAGCUCUCUCCUCUUCUCCGUCGCCAUGGCGAAGGCUCACCGUUAGCUGAGCUGAGAGGCGUUGUAGGAGCAGAGAUCGCAUAUUUACACAACGACUCACUAACAUCUCACAACAAACGAGAAGCCAAACGCACAAAUUCAGACUAAGUAACAUACAUUUUUAUACGUCUAACGUGGGGCGCAACUAAAUAGUCUUUAUAUAAAACUACACAUAGUCAUCGAAGAAUGACCUAAACAUAUGACUGAUUGAUUUUGUACAUUUGUCCACUGGUUCGCUGGAGCUUGGAUAUUUGUGACAGGCUUAUUUGCAAUGCAUCUACUUGGGCGGACAGUUUAAACAAGCGCUAGCAAACUGAAUACAGCAGCAUAGAUAAAACAAUGCUCUAUUCCUUUUGUGUCGCCAGAAAAGCCAGCAGAGUGAGACCUCUUCACUGCCUCCUUUUCUCUGCAGCAGCGGCUCAGAGAGGAGGAGGAGGAGGAGGAGGAGAGGGGACAACAGAGAGGCAGAACAGGGAGUGGGCGGGGGAAUAGAGCAAAGAGGAAAGAGACAGCGCUCGGGAGACUGGCAGCGUCUCACUGAUGCUGAGUCACAUAACCGAGGGACCAACGCCGCAUCCCAUGAGUCUUUGGGAAUAAUGGAGGAGCUCGAACACACUUGCCCGCAUCCCCGGACGGUAGGCCACCUAUCUACGCUGACCGAGCCCGCCAUCUUCGCCAGGGAGACCAGCUGCGAUUGCCGCGCGCCCCACGAGAAGCUCACCAUCGCUCAGGCCCGCAGAGGCACCCCAGUGGACCGACCCGUCAGAGUCUACGCAGAUGGGAUCUUCGACCUGUUCCACUCCGGACACGCCCGCGCCCUCAUGCAGGCCAAGAACCUCUUCCCCAACACCUACCUCAUAGUAGGAGUGUGCAGCGACGAGCUGACCCAUAAGUACAAAGGCUUCACAGUCAUGACGGAGCUGGAGCGCUACGAAGCGCUGAGGCACUGCCGCUACGUGGACGAGGUCCUAAGAGACGCGCCCUGGACGCUCACACCCGAGUUCCUGGAAACGCAUAAGAUCGACUUCGUGGCCCACGACGACAUCCCAUACUCGUCGGCAGGAAGCGAGGACGUCUACAAACACAUCAAGGAGGCGGGAAUGUUUGUGCCCACGCAACGCACGGAGGGGAUCUCCACGUCGGACAUCAUCACCAGGAUCGUCCGCGACUACGACGUCUACGCCCGGCGCAACCUGCAGCGUGGCUACACCGCCAAGGAGCUCAACGUCAGCUACAUCAACGAGAAGAAGUACCGGCUGCAGAACCAAGUGGACCGGAUGAAGGAGAAGGUCCGCACGGUCGAGGAGAAGAGCAAGCAUUUCGUUUACCGCGUGGAGGAGAAGAGCCAUGACCUCAUCCAGAAGUGGGAGGAGAAAUCCAGGGAGUUUAUCGGCAACUUCUUGGAGCUCUUCGGCCCAGACGGGACCUGGAAACAGGUGUUUCAGGAGCGCAGCGGGCGCAUGCUGUCCUACGCUCUGUCGCCCCGGGAGUCGCCCUGCAGCAGCCCCCCCCACGAACUGUCGCCCGUGCGCUCCCCGUCGCCCCCGUCCCCCAUCGCCCGGUGGCACGCCGCCCGGCCGUCGCCCCCGGCCUCCCCGAAAGGCGCCACGGCCUCCAUAAGCAGCAUGAGUGAAGGCGACGAGGAUGAAAAGUAAACAGGCACACCUGCCCACGCACGCACGCACACACACACACACACACGCACACGCACACACACACACACACACGCGCACACGCGCACACACACGCACACACACACACACACACCUACAAACACUGGCUGGAUAUUGGAACAGCUCCGCUCAAGGAUGUUGCCGAUACGCAACGCCGAUGGUGAUCAUGGGAGACGUGGACCCAGGCCACCUGCUGCCGUUGCCCGGACAACAGAGCGGAGACGAGGGCGACGAAGAAAGGACGCGGCCUCACACGUAAGUGUCCGACCUCCCGUCCAGCGUCUUUUGCUCUGGACGGUCCACGCUGAUGGAGGCUGCUCGUACAACCUGCUCAUUAUGUCACGCCGCUGUUUUUGUCCUGUUCUGUUUAGUUUAGCAUUUUCUCUGUAGCGACGUCGAGACGUUCUGUAAUUUGUCAUCGUUAGAUGUGAAAGGGCACGACGUCGCAGGAGCGCCGUGUCCGACAACGGUCGUAUGAACAGAUCCCAGUUCAGCACUAACAGCUUGUAGAAGUUGUGGGCGCCUCUUAGCUCAUACACAGUCAACACUAGUUUGCAUCAUUCAACCAUAAACUGACACUGAACAUAAAAUACGCAGUAGAAACACUGUUUCUUCCUCUUUGUUGUUCCCGCAAUAAUGACUUUAAAUCAAAAAUGAACUUUCUGACAAAUGAAAAGUACAUUUGAGCGAAAGUAAAUAUGGAAAAGGAGGUUUCUUUUAACUUUGAUUAAACAGCAUGGUUUCAUCAAAUUAAAGCUGGUAAAUGAAGCCUAUAAAGAUCCAAGUCUAAUCUGUAAUAUGCUUCUUAAAACCCCCCAAAACAUGAUUGUGCUGAUUCUUCUUGAAUGUAAAGUAAGUCUGAGGAUGAAACCACGUCUGCACUUGAGUAAAUGGAAUCUCUCCAAUUAGUAUUCACGUCACACGAGUAGGAAAAAAACACAUGAAAUUCCACCUUAAGAAGCCAUGCUUUCCACGGUAGGUCGGUCUUUUGCAAACCUGGCAACCCCGGUGAUGCAGCCUUUCCCCAGGACACUGGUGAUACUUGAAAUACACAACAGCCGAACCCUCCAGGCGUCUUCAACAGCAAAUACUCAGCCCCACUGUUUUCUUUGCUCUUAUUACACAUGUAUGUAACCAGUGUUCUGCUCAGGUCUGAACCAGAGCAAAACCUUUCUUCCACCUGAACAAAACCAAUAAUGCAAUGUAGAGACAACGUCCUGUAGGCACUACAUGUUAAUCUGCACUAUAUGUACAAACAAUGUGUUUUUUAUCUUAAUGUUAAACUGGCUUGAUAUAUAAAUAAAAAUGCUGUAACUGAA